UUCUAUGGGUGGGGACAUAAACUGCCUGUAAGAAACAAGCUGAUUGAAUUCAGAGUCCAUUUCCUGAACAUUGUAACACUCAAAGAAACUGAAAGGAGACGGCCCUCUUAAGGCACAGACUUUAUACAUCUACCAGUCAAGCGGAAGUGCAGCAGAAACUAUGUGGGAACCACCAUUUCAGCAUGGAUAAACAGAACCCAGAGAUGCCCAUACAACAGAUGUGAACAUUAAGUAUCCUGAAGGUAACAGAGUCUACUCUGUUGAAGCCCAUGGGCUGCUAUAGUGGUUGCAUGGCAACCAAGUCCAGGAAAUACGGCACUGAAGCUCUUCAGCUGGCUGCUCUCAUUCUAGAGCUCAUAAGACAAGGCUGAAGAAAGUAAAAAAAAGGGGAGGAAAAAAUCUACCCCAUUUUUUCGUGUAUUCCACAGAAAACCAAAUAUGGCAUCUUCUAUGAGGAGCUUGCUCUCCGACCACAGCCGAUAUGUGGAAUCUUUUCGUCUGUUCCUUGAGAACUCGACGGAGCACCAAUGUAUGCUGGAAUUCAUUGACAGGAAGCUGCCGGGCAUAAUAUCGAGCAUCGGAAAAGGAAAAUCUGCGAUCAAUAUUCUAAGUGUAGGUGGAGGUUCAGGUGAAAUUGACCUUCAGAUUCUCUCAAAAGUACAGGCCAAAUAUCCAGGAGUUGCCAUUAACAAUGAGGUGAUAGAACCAAGCAAUGAACAAAUCCUCAGCUACAAAGAACGUGUCGCUAAGACUUCAAAGCUUGAGAACAUAAAGUUUACCUGGCAUAAGGAGACGUCGUCUGAAUAUGAAAGUCGAAUCAAGGAGAAAAAAGAGUUUAAGAAAUGGGAAUUCAUUCACAUGAUACAGAUGCUCUACUAUGUAAAAGAUAUCCCUGCGACUAUUCAAUACUUUCACAGUCUCCUGGAAGCUAAAGCUAAGCUGCUCAUUAUUCUCGUCUCAGGAACCAGCGGCUGGGCACAGCUGUGGAAGAAAUAUGGACCUCGCUUACCUCUAAAUGAUCUUUGCUUAUAUGUUUCAUCUGCUGACAUCAAAGAGCAACUUGAUAUAAUAGGGCUGAAGUAUCAGAUCUAUGAACUUCCAUCCACUAUGGACAUAACCAGUUGUUUUAUUGCAGGAAACAAAGAGGGGGAGCUGCUGUUGGAUUUUUUGACAGAAACCUGCUAUUUUAGUAAAACUGCUCCUCUUGAUCUGAAAAAUGAAAUAAUGGAAGAACUCAAAAAACCUGAAUGCAGCGAAGAAAGAGGUGGAAAGGUUUUCUUUAAUAACAGCUUGAGUGCAAUAGUGAUAGAACCAUGACUAAGUUCUCCUGGAUUUCUCAGUCCAAAAACAAGUGCUCCCAUACAAAUAGCUAACCACUUAAAUAUCUGUAUGUGUUUCAUACGCUGAAAAUUAAGCUUACUGGAGUAUGUCCUUAGAAACAGGAAAUUAUUAUUAAUAGCUAUGAUUACAAAUGCACACUAACACUACUAAUCCUUCAAAAAUAUAUUAAUACAUAACUGGUUAUUUAGCAAGUUAUACUUUAUUAUAUGGCAGUUCUAUAAUCAGCAUAUAUGUAACUGGCACCAUUAAUCAAAGCCACUCAAAUACAAAACAAUACAUUUCUGAUGGAUGGGUAAGGAGUAACAAUGACCUUGAACUGCUUUCAUUAUGAUUUAAAUAUACUAUCCAGCCACAACAUUUCUUUUAAAAUUAAGUCUGUUUGGAAAUCCCCAGUACCACUCCUCAGUGUAGCUUACAAAACUCUUCCCCUAUCACUAUUGAUCCUGGAGUUGGUUCCUCUGCUACUGAUGCGGUUUUCAAGUUGUUAUGAAAAUGUCUCAAAACAACAUAUUUCUGGUUAUCUUUGGCAGGCAUUAGUUGCAAGGGUCUGCUGCCCUCUAGUAGGCAACACCAUCUCAUACCACUGCUCUCCUGUUCAUGAACA